CCAUCAUCAUCAUCACAAUUCAAAACAAGAACCGAAUCAAACAAAAUCAACCACAAAUACCGGAAAUAUAUUGAAUAAUAAUAAUAAACAACGUAAUAAUAAUAAUAAGAUCCGGAAAAUAUUUGUCAAAGAUCGUAUAAAAUUACGUUGUAUUAUUGAUUCAAAUCCUGAACCAUUCCGGAUUCGUUGGUUAUUGAAUCAUCGUGAUAUAACAAUGUUGUUUACAUCGAAUGAAUAUCAAUUAUUGGAUAAAAAUCGAACACUUUUAAUCGAUAAUGGUGGUGUUAGUGGUGGUGGCCUAGGUCGAAAACAUGAAGGAAAAUAUCAAUGUUCAGCAUAUAAUAAACUUGGUCGUGGUGAUUCAUCUGAACUAAUCAUUUCAGUAUUACGACCACCAAAAUGUGCCUUUAAAUCCUCUUCAUCAUUAUCAUCAUCAUUAUUGAAAAAUCCAUCGUCGAUGACUUCAUCAACGACGACUACUUUAUCACCAUCCGCACAUGUGACAAAGAUUGAUUCAAUAAUCAAUUAUCCGGCAAAUUUAUUCUGUCAAGUUGAUGCUACAAUGCCAUCAUCAUCAUCAAUAAAACAACAACAACAACAACAACAAUCAUUGCCAUCAUCAAUAAUGAUUGAUGAUCGAUUAUGGAUUUAUUGGCAAUUACCAAAUGAUCAUUUUGUAUUGACAAUAAAUUCAAAUGGAAAAUUAUUACGAAUACCAUUGAAACGUUUAGAUCAAUUUAGAAAAUUACGAAAAAAAUUAUCUCAAUCAUCAUCAUUGUCUAAAAAUGAUGAUCAUAAUAAUAAUAAUCGUCUGUUUGAUGAUGAAAUUGCCGAUCUACUCGAUAUGGAUUCUGAUGAUGAAGAAGAUAGUAAAAAAGAAAAUGUCAAUGAUGAUGAUGAUGAACAACGACCUAAUAAUGUUAAUGAUUAUCGACGUAUAACAUUAGCAUCGAAUGAUGUUCGAUCAAAAUUAACAAUUAUACCACGUUCAUCCGAAGAUUUUGGUGUUUAUCAAUGUUGGGCGGAAAAUUUUUUCGGUUCAAAUCGUCAUGAACCUUGUUUGUUUAAUCUAACUAACAAUGGUAAUUUCAACGAUAUUGACAAUAAACAGAUACUAAAAACAUUCGAUAAUAAUCAUCAUCAAAAAUCAUCAUCAUCAUCACAAUGGAAAAAUACAGCCAUGUCAAAAAAUAAACCAAAACUUCCACGUUCAGUUACAAAUUGUACGACAACAUUCCUGAUUACAUCAUUAUUAUCGAUUCGUUGUGAACAUUUAAAUUAUUCAACAUUUCAUCGAAAAAUGUUUGGCAUUGGCAAUGAUGAUGAUGACAAUGAUGAUGAUGACAAUGAUGAUAUAGCCGAUCGUAAUCUAAAAUUUCAUUUAAUUCUGAAAGAAUUAUCAAAUUAUAAUCGUAAUCGAUCAGAAAAUUUGAUUACAGAUAUAAAAAUUCGACCACCACAAACAAAAAACAUUAUCACAGCUAAUCAAACUAAUCCAAUUGAACCGAUAUUUUUAAUAUCAAAUGUACGACCAACUUUUAUUUACGAAGCUAUCAUUUAUGUUUCAAAUGAUUUUGGUUAUAGUGAUCAAGUAACAUUUUCAACAUUAUUAUCGAUUGCAAUUGGUCUUUGUUUAUAUCGUCGUAAACGUAAUAAAUUGAUUGAAUUACAUCAACAACAAUUACAAGAACAACGACAACAACAACAACAACAAUCGAAUCAAUCAUCAUCAUCAUUAUUUGAUCAAGGAAAAAUGAAUGAUAAUUUUAGUGAUGAUGAUAAUCAUGAUCAUUGUAUCGAUAAUGAUGAUAAAAUUGAUGGUGAAAAAACAACAAUCAUUGAUUCAAGUUUUACGGAAACAUUUCCAUUAGAUAAUUAUUCUACUGCUGGUGUUUUUAUAUUGGAUAAAACUCGUUCCAACAAUCAUCAUCCAUCUGAUUCAAUUUUAUCAAAUAAUCAUCAUUUUUAUCAACAACAACAACAACAACAACCACAUCAUCCAUUGAUGAUUUAUCGUGAUUUUGUAUCAACCCCACCACCACCACCAUCAUCAUCAACAUCACCGGCAACAUCGAUGAUACAACAUCAAUCAUCAGCAAUGAAUAUAUUGAAUCCAUUAGUUCAACAAUCACAACAACAACAACCAACAAUAACAUCAGAAUUUUUAUAUCAACCAGCCGGUAAUACAUCCGGUUUUCUUGAUCUUGCUGUUGAUCGUGGUAAUGUACAACUUAUACCAUCAUCAAUAUCACCACCACAUUUACAACCAACAUCAAUGUCAUCAUAUUUAACAUUUUCUAAUAUUGAACAACAACAACAACAAACAGAACCAAUAUCAUCAUCAUCUUUAAUGUUUACUACUGCAAAUACAAAUACAGCAACUAUUAAUAAUAAUCUAGCCGGUAAUCAAUCCAUUUCAGAAGUUUGAAAAAAACAUUGUAUGAUGAUCACGCAACUAAUGAUAAUAAUAUGGAAAUGAAAUCAACAUCUUAUGAUGCGGUCAACAUCAAC